AUGAGUAUUAAUAGCAACAAUAAUGUUGCUGUAUUUAUCUCGGAAGGCUUUAAUAAUUGGAAAAAAGCGGUGGAAAGGUUUAAUAUGCAUGAACGUUCAGAAUUGCACAAAACAAAUAUCGUUAAAAAUUCUUUUAUUAAAACAAAUGCUAAUGUAUUUGCUCAAAUUUCGGAUAGUCAUAAAAAAUCUAUGGAAGAAUCAAGAUUUGCUUUUGAUAAAAUAUUAUCUUCUAUAGUUUUUUUGGCAAAACAAGGCGUAGCAAUAAGAGGGCAUACUGACGAAUCUGCAAAUUUCAAUCAGUUAUUAAAACUUCGAUCGGAAGAUUCGACUGAAUUAAAAAACUGGUUAGGUAGAACUACUUAUAAAUGGAUUUCCCAUGAUAUAACAAAUGAAAUUCUUAGUACACUUUCAAGAGAAGUUAUUAGAAACAUUAUUAAAAAAAUAAAAGAGAAUACAUUCUAUGCUAUUUUAUUAGACGAAAUCAGUGACAUUACAGUAAAAGAACAAAUUUCAUUUUGUUUAAGAACGGUGGACAAAGAAUCAUUUGAAAUAGAAGAAUAUUUUAUAGGAUUUUAUGAAACACCUAAAACUGAUUCUAAUACUCUUUUCAAUAUUUUAAAAGAUAUUCUGAAUGUUUCUGGGAUUCACAAAGGAUUGCAAGCUAAAACUAAAGAAAUUGAACACAGAGCAUUAUUUGUUCACUGUCAAGAUCAUUCUUUAAAUCUUGUUACCCAAGAUAGUAUGCAAAAUGUAGAAAAAGCUAGAGAUAUACUAAAUUUUAUAAGAGAAUUAAUUACAUUUAUCAAACAAUCACCCAAGAGGCUAUCUUGGUUCAAAAUGGUACAAACAGAAGAGAACAUGACUGCUCUAAGACCAUUUUGUCCAACCAGGUGGACGUUUCGAUAUUCUUCGUUGUUAUCUGUUAUGGAUAACUACAAUGAACUAUUGACAUUUUUGUCGGAUUUUUCAAAAACUGAAAAGAACGAUCUUUCCGUACAAAUUUUGAACACUUUGGAAGAUACUAUUUCAAAUAUGAGAGAUGUAUUCAAUAUUUUAUGGGAAUCUGCAAAAAACGAAUGGUCAGAUUUAAAGUUAGAUCCACCGAAAGAAUCUAGAAAACGAUCGGCCAAAAAAGUCGGCCUAUCAAAGUAG